AUGAGCUCAUCUCUUGAGGCCAAGAUUGUGGUCCUCGGCGCCCAGGGCGUGGGCAAAACCUCCCUCGUCCAACGCUAUGUCAAGAACGCCUUUGAUCCCGCUGGCACCGCCUCCACCGUCGGCGCCUCCUUCGUCACGAAACGCGUCCUCGACAGCGCAUCCGAUACGAUUGUUCGCCUCCAAAUCUGGGACACUGCUGGCCAGGAACGGUUCCGGAGCAUCUCGCGACUCUACUACCGCGGCGCCAACGCCUGCCUCCUCUGCUACGACAUUACCGACGAACAGAGUUUCCAAGAAAUGACCGGGUGGCUCCUCGAGCUCAAGAAGAACGUCUUCGAGGACGACCCCAUCGUGAUCCACGUGGUAGGGACGAAAUCCGACAUCGUGACCAUGGAACCCUCGCGCCGCCGGGUCCCCUUCGAGCGCACCAUCGCCUACGUCGCCGAACAGCUCUACCCAACCCAGGCCUCGACCCCUCCGCCGUCCGCGGGAUACGGCCCCUCGUCUAGCACGCCCCAGGGCAUCGACAGCAAGCGCAGCAGCGGGUUCUGGGGCCAGGAUAUCGGAUGGGACUGCUGUCACGAGAUUAGCGCCAAGGAUGGGGAGGGCAUCGAGGAGGUGUUCCGGGUGAUCACGAGGAAGCUGGUUGAGCAGCGCAACAAGCGCGAGGCCGGGCUGAGCCCGUCACUGCUGUCGCCGUCCUCGCUGGAUGGGAUGCCCCUGGCCAGCCCAGCGAAUCUCGAUGGCAGCGGUAGCUUCCGGCUGGGGUACGGCGACAAGCGACGCAGUUGGCUUGGAUUCCCACCCAGCAGCCAGGGAGAUGAGGUCGAUGUCCCGGUGGAGGUGGCCAGGAAGAAAGGGGGAUGCUGCUGA